AUGAGGUAGAAGAGUGUCUAUAUUAUAAAUGGACAAAGUGGAGGCUAAAUUUCAUAAUAAGACGCCUUAAAGACUUUCUCAUGGAUUGUUAGAAGGUUAUAUCAGAUACAAAACUAAAGAAAUCUUAAGAUAUUUGACUAAAACGGUGAUGAAAUCAGUGAUUAUUUAGAAGAAGAAGCUAAAAGAUAGGAUUGGGAGUAAAUUAAGUCAGACUAUUUAUCUUUGCAAGCUUAGGAUGGAGAAGAAAUACAAGAUUUUGAGAAAAAUGCUUUGGACGAGAUUUAGCAGCAGAAAGGUGAUCUUUAGGUUCUGGAAAGAGUGUUUAAAUAACAAAAAUCUAAGGUCUUAAAUCUUAGAACAUAAAUCGAUGAAAUUGAAUCCCAAAACUCACGAGUUGUUUAAGAGGAGCAAAAUUAUAAAAAACUUUAUGCUGAACUAAAGUAGCUUACAAACUACAUCAAAAUUGAUAACAGCCAAUAAAGCUUUUUGUUGAAGGGUGCAGACUUUAAUGAUGAUAGCUAAAUCUAGUAAAUAGUCCAAAUUUUGGAUAACCUUAAGCUCUCACUUCAGGAUAAAAGCAUUACAGAUAUCUAGUAUACCUAAGAUAUGAAUGCUUCUUUACUUAAACUUAAAUAAAAAGUUAUAAUCAGAUUUACUGAAGCCAUUUCCAAAAGACUAAAGAAAAUGGAAUAAGAUAAGAUUUCAUAGUUUGGUUUGAUAAGUAAAGAUUUUGUAAAUUAUUUGGGUAAAAGAGAACCUAUAUUAGCUAAAUUAGCUGAAAUUAGUAUUUGUUAAACAUAAAAAGGUGUCUAUCAUGAAAUUAAUGGUCUACUUAACAGAUUUUACAGAGUUAUAAGCGAAGAAUUUUCCUAAUUCAUGUAAAAUAAAAAAUUUUAAGAGCUCAAAGAUACGCUUAAACAAGACAUAGUUGGAACAUAUAAAUUAGAUUUGCCUUCUAAAUAACCGAAAUCAUUAUAAAAUUUUCUAUGUGCUCUUACUAAAGAUUAACUCAAAAAAUCUGAAAGUAGUACUCUUGAUGUAGAUGUAGGUAAAUUCUGCAUUGAAUUACUCUAAUCAAUUCAAUUCUUUGAAUCAGUAUUUUUCAACUUUUUCGAAUGUGGUGAAAUGUAAUUAUUGAAAGAUGGAGAUAAAUCUUUUAACUAAUUCAUUGAGAUUUGCCUUUAAGAUUUGUAUGACUAAUAAUAGCAAAUGAUCGGUGAAUUAAUGAAGAUUAAUCCAUUUACCUUAUAUACCAUUGCAUCAUUAGCUUAAAUUAUUUGUGAAAGCAUGCAGAAGAAAAAAGUCAAAAGAUAAUUGACAAAGUAUAUAUUAAAGAAUAAGACCCUAGAUUUCAAGUCAAUUAAAAAUUUAUUUUUCUAGGAGAUUUAUUAAAAGCUAUCAGAGAGUGCCUUACAAGCAUUUCAAGAUUAUAUUACUUCAAAACAAGAGGAUUGGCAAUAAACUGAUAAAUCAGAUCUUGAUUAAGUAAUGUUAUGA